ACUCUGAACAGAAAGCUUUUACAAAGUUCGAUUUUUUUUCUUUACCGCCCAUUCACAACAGUUUCGUUUUUUGCUUUUCUUUCUUCGUGUCGAACACGAUUAGUACGUGUAGUUGUAAGUGUUGAAGGAGUUGCCACCUGCGCAUGUUGAACGAGAAUUGCCGCGGAGUACUCAUGGUGGAUAGUAUUGGACACGAAGUUUAUGUUGAUCAUUGUUGGCACAAUUGUUGUACCGGUCGGCCUAGGGUCUACGUGUUGCCAACGCAGUCCAUGUGAUUUGGAUCAGAUGAAACGAAAAGUACCAAAAGUUCAUCCAUUUAUCUAUCGUUUCAUUGAAUUGUAAUCUCCAAUAUAUCGAUUAUCAACUUGGAGUACCAACUCUUGCUGGCAUCAAAUUAUUAUCAAACGCCCGGUUUAUCCGCAUCAAUAUCGAUAUUCCUUGCGGGAGGUUUGUGUUGGAUUGCUGCCAUGACACACAGACAGGCGACUUUGAAGGUUCCGUGAUAAAAGUGUGGAGAGUGUACUUCAUUUUGCCUGGGAAUCGGCAACGCGACAGAAUUGUCAAAUCUUUUUCUCUGGGGAGAGUAACGGACAUUACCAUCCGACCGUUCCACUCUUCGUCGAGCCUUCAUUGACAAGAUGCCCCGGCCUCCGCCUGGCUAUCACGAUGCUAUGGACAGUUGAGUGGACAAGACCAAGGUCAAGGAGUAAAUCCUGUAGUAAUCAUUGCUCAUGUCCAGAAGUGAAUUCCGGUGGGAAACAAGUAGGGAGUGGCUUGCAUCAUCGGGGCGGAAACAGCUCUAGGCCAGGCGAGCUAAGACGAACAACCUCCAGGCUGUUCAGUAGAUGGACUGUCGUCAUUUGGAUAUGCUUCGAAAUGGCUGGUCCAACACGAGCCAGUGCUGCACCAACGACCCCUCCUGACGGAACUUCAUCCACAACCCAUCCGGAUUCCACAACUCUCUCCAACUACACCGAGGACAGAUUCAACAAGGUCUUCUACACAAUGUUCUUCUUCCUCAUGGUGCCCCUGGUUUCCUUCUUGACGGCCAAUGCGAUUAAGAUCUUUUGCCCCGUGGGACAAGAUCAGAGCAAGGCUUGGUGCAGAUGUGGCAGGCACCGAGCCCAAGUCGAUCCGGACAACGCCCCCGGAGACGACAACACCGAGACGGCCCAGAGAGACGAGCUGCGUCUAAGGAACGCCGUCUUCAUGCUUUUCUCGCUGGACAAGACGGAGCAGGAGGAGAGAGAGGAAGAGGAAGAGAGAAUGCAGAUUGAGACAGCCUUGAAGCGGUUACAGGCUAGGAGGAUGAGUAUGGCAGCGAAGCAGAGAUUUCGCGACAACGUCCUGGAUGCUAAUGCGCAGACUGAGAGGACAGAAAGUCGGCUAGGCCUUCUGCCAGGCACAGCUGAACGCGUACUGGAUACAGAAGAUCGUCAAGAUGUGGAGAGUAGGGGACAAGAUCAAGGCAAUGAUGUGAAUCUGAUAACGAAAUAUGGUAAAGACGAAGCAGAGAAAAACCCAGCUUCAGCUCUGGAAGAAAACGGCGGCGACUUGCUUAGUUCUCUGACCACUUUGUCUCCAGAGGCCAUCGCAGCUGAACAAACAAACGAGUUGGAUAAAGGGAGCAAAAGAGGCAAUGCAAAAGUUGAAAAUGCAAAGUUUGUCAAGGGCGUCACGUCAAAACCAACAGCCAAAUCGGAUGAGAGUCGCAUUAACAAGGAACAGGACAAAGCAAAUAUUGACGGAGAAGAUCAAGGUAAUACGGGAAAAACAGACUUAGGAGAAAGCACUGCGACUACUUCAAUCAAGGCAGCGCCAGACAGCAAAGGCGUCUCAAGGAACAAAGGUUCAAUUGCUGACGAAAUCUCCAUCAACAAACGAGAACAGAAUAAACAAGUUUAUAGUCGAGCCGACAUUCCAGACAAAUGUACAUCUCGGAAAGACAGCAUUAUUGCUACCUCAAGACAUCAAAAUGUGAAUGACGGCUUGAGUGAUUCACAUAGCUAUUUGUCAACUGAAAAUAGAGUCUCAAACGACCCAAAACAGGCGACGAAAAACUCUUCCGAAAAUUCAAAUCCUGAUCCAAAAGAACAAUAUUUGAAUGCUCCGAGAGAAAACCAUCAAAAUGUAGAAGUUGAUGGCAUCACAGGUACUAGUAAGAAUAACAAAAGAUGCCAUAAUUUGGAGGAGGAUUUGAACGAGUCAUUUAGUAGUACAUGUUCUUCAAAUGUCCAUUGUGCCACCAAACAGUCGUUGGCGGGGGCCAAACAAAACUCAUCUUGCCGUAAUUCAGAAAAACGAAAGGUGGAGGCUCCGUCCAAGGGUCGGUCACAUGUACCAGAAAGAGAGGAUGAUAUUGUCGCAGGUGACGACUGUGUUGCCAUGACAACUGUAAACCUAAAACAAAAUAUAAAUGUUGAUAGUGCAAACGAUACCACGAAACAGUCGCAGGAAAUGUCUGCCGGAAACCCAUCUUGCCAAGACGUAGAACAUCAUCUGACUGGUCACUCAAAACACGCAUUCGAUGGUGCAGUUUUCAAAAGUAAAUGCAACGAUGAUAUCGGUCAGCAAACCAAACUAAAAGCCUCAGAUGCCACACCACAGCCAGACACUGACCAAUACAGCACUGAUAGCAACCAGCGGACUGACCAGUCGGAUGCUUUGUCUACCGAGCGUUCUUCCGCGGGUGCUGAUGACCACCAUAGCUGGGGGUCGUAUAGGGAUCUAGCCAUCAACCGUCGACGGUCGAGUACACUUCUAAGUCGUGAUGACACUGACGAGCGAGUGCCGCGGUCAUCGAGCCAACAGUCCAGCAGCCCUAGUAGUCAACAUGCUCUUCUUGAAGACAGGUGUUCACCCGUAGCCAGUCAGAUGGGAUCCCUGGAAACAAUCACGAUCUAA